GCUCUCCACUUCCUCUUAUUGAUUCAUCUACCAAGUAUCACUACAAGGUCGUAGUGAAAACCUUCCCAAUAUUCACACAAUCCCGCCACCACGGCUGUCAUGUUACUCCUAGACGAUCUAUUUUUCAUUUGGCAUGGUGCUUCCGCACAUACCCGCCUCCUCAUGCUUUUUCUGUGCGUAUCUACUGUGACAACCCUCCUGUACGUCAUGAGCCGUUCGCGCACCGUAUACAUUGUUGAUUAUGCGUGCUACCGGCCUAACUCGAAAUACCGCAUCAGUAAGGACGCAUGGAUUGAGAACAUUCACCACUCCUGGUCGUACGACGACAACAGCAACCAUUGUUUCUUGGCCCGUAUUUCUGAACGGUCAGGCCUUGGUGAUGAGACCUAUCUCCCGUCUUGCCAUCAUCAUAUCCCACCGUAUAAUUGUUUAAGUGAAGCACGUGUUGAGGCGGAGUUGUCCAUCUUCACCACCAUAGAUGACCUGCUCGUAAAGACUUCUAUCAACCUUGAUGCAAUUGCCAUACUCAUCGUGAACUGCAGCCUCUUCAACACAACUCCAUCUCUCGCUGACAUGAUCAUGCAAAGAUAUAGGCUUCGAGAAAAUAUCUGCAGCGUGCAACUCUCUGGGAUGGGGUGCAGCGCAGGGCUGAUUGCGGUGGGUCUUGCGAAGGACCUCCUGCAGAAUGCUCCUUCUAAUGCGCAUGCACUGGUCGUGUCCACGGAGAUCUUGACUGGGACCUACUACACCGGGAGGAAGCGGGAAAUGCAGCUGACGGACAUGUUGUUCCGUAUGGGUGGCUCCGCGGUGCUCCUCUCAACGUCAAGUAGCAAUGCUCGCUUUGAGCUAGCACACGUAAUUCGGAAUUGCACCAGCUCCGAUGACAAUGCAUACCAAUGUGUAUUUUAUGAGGAAGAUGACGAGGGAAUUCUAGGUCUCAAUUUAUCCAAGAACCUUGUGCACGUCGCCGGUAAGGCUCUCGAGGACAACAUCACCAUGGUUGGACCGCUUAUUCUCCCGUUGUCAGUCAAGAUUGCAUUUUCCCUCUCGUUCAUCUCACAGAAGGUGAGAUAUGGAACCACCAAGCCAUGUUUGCCAGAUUUCCGCAAAGCCUUCGAUCAUUUGUGCAUCCAUGCGGGUGGACGAGCGGUAAUCGAUGCUGUCCAGCAUAGCCUUUGUCUGCUAGAUGAGCAUGUUGAGCCAUCAAGGAUGACACUUCACAAGUUUGGAAACACAUCGAGUAGUUCGGUAUGGUAUGAGCUGGCGUACAGUGAGGUCAAAGGUCGGAUGAGCAAAGGGGACAGAGUUUGGAUGAUUGGAUUUGGCUCUGGAUACAAGUGCAACAGUGUCGUGUUAAACUGCAUCCAGCCAGCAAAAUAUGCGGAUAAGGCAUGGCGAGGUUGCAUAUAUCGCUACCCAAUAGAUGUUCCUAAGGAGGUGUAUAAUAUGGUCCGGUAAAAUGGCAGGCCGCCCCAACGGAACUACUUCAGGUUCACACUAGUAGUACGAUUAAUAAUCCAUCCGCUUCCUACACUUUGUUCCUACCUCGUAUGGUCUGAUCGGCCUCGCCGCACCAAAAUCAUGGAAGAUUUGUCCGUACAUAUAGCAGUGUUAGCCUACAAUAAAAUUCCAGUAUUUUCAUGUUACAACCAGUGUCAUAAUGUUGACUUCCUUGUGGCUUCUCAAUCCAAUGUGUAAGUUACUGGAAGCAGCCAUGUGUCUUCCCGCCCGGUUUUUAUUAUGUACACUAGCAAGCAGAGGGAUGGCGCCAUGCCCCGCCCA